ACUUUGCUCUAAACUGACGCUUUGCAAUUAUCAAAAUGGCGCUUGUUGUUUAUCUGUGGUUAAAAACUGCGGCCUGCUGGAAUCAAUUUUAAUUUUAUGCUUUUCUAUUGAAUUUGUUAAUGUUUAAGUAAUGAAUUAUCUCUUUUAAUUUAAACAAUAUGGCACGUAACAAAUCUCCAUCGGUGACUUCUGAUAAAGAUAAAAAGAAACCAAAAGACAAAAAGAAAAAGGGAGCCUCAGGAUCUAGCAGUAGUGAUAGCAGUGGCAGUUCGUCGGACAGCAGCUCUUCGCGCUCGUCGUCGAGGUCGUCGUCAAGCAGCUCCGGCAGCUCGUCGCGCUCCUCGUCCAGCUCCAGCUCUUCUAGCAGCAGCAGCAGCAAUAAUGACCGAUCCAGACCAAAGAAGAAAGUCUCCCCACAUAAGAGUCCAGUCAAGGACAGGCGUGAACCAGACAGAGAGAAAAUACGAGAUAGGUCACCUAUAGGAGAUAAGAAGAAAGUGUCAGCACCAUCUACUAAUGAUAAAGCUAAGAGCAAGGACAAACAUGAAAGAUCGCCAGGCCGCAAAAAGCGUGAACGUUCGCCGCCGCCUCGCCCAACUAGAAUACACAUAGGGCGGCUGACAUUGAACGUUACUAGAGACCACAUCCAUGAGAUAUUCUCUACAUAUGGAGCAGUCAAAACCGUGGAGUUCCCCAUGGACCGACUGCACCCACACAAUGGUCGCGGGUAUGCCUAUGUGGAGUUCAGCAAUCCGGAUGAAGCAGAAAAUGCCAUGAAACAUAUGGAUGGAGGACAAAUCGACGGGCAAGAGAUAACGGCGGCGCCGGUGCUGGUGCCGUCGCGGCCGCGGCGCCCCUCCCCGCGCGCGCCGCCGCGCCACCCGCCCAUGCGCCGGCACUCGCCGCCCAGGUACCGUCGGCGCAGCCCGCCGCCGCGCCGCCGCUCGCCGCCGCGCCGCCGCCGCUCGCGCUCGCGCUCCCCGCGCGCCGCGCCGCGCCGCCGCCGCUCCAGGUCCUCCUCCUCUUCCUCCCGGUAGACACAGCAUGCCACAGCGCACCGUGCCCGCAUUUGAGAACAAUCCUCACCAACACCAUUACAUACUACAUUUCGACAUUCAAUCAGUUGCACAACAACCUCAAUAUGCCAUCUUCAUUAGGUAUAACAUGCCAUACUAUUCAAUGAGUAGCAUAUAGGGCGUUCAAAUAUUACGUAACGCAAUUUUUGAGGGGUUUUGACCCACCGUCCCACUAUACAACACAACGUUUUUCUGUACCCCAUACAGUGCAGUUUUGCCUACUCUUCUCUAAACGUAACACCCAAGUGAUCAUUUUUAUCUAACGUUACGUUUUAAGCCCCCUAAUUGUUAAAAAAUAUUUGUUGCCUUACAUACUGAGAAAAAGAGGUAUGCAAGGCAAUUUUUACAUGUGUUUAGCAUGCGCCAAAUUUCUUGGCCGCUCUGAAUACAAAGCGUAGGCCUGCGCAGUGUGCAUGCGGGAACAAAAUAGCUGCGCAGUACGGCGUGUUGUAAUGACAGAUUGGACUAGAAGUUUGACGCGUACUAUACACACUUGGAAACUUACCUAUGAGACAGAAUUCACACAUUGGCUGCUGAGGUUUUUUUUAUUUUGUUAAAUUUUAUACAUAGUUUUAAAUCAGUAACAAAACUGGUAAUAAUGAUUUUCUUUGAAAGAAAAAAAAGGAAUUUCCUACUGCUAUAAAAAUGAAUUUUGUAUGUAAUGUGAUUCUUAUGGGAUUGUUUUCAAAUGUAGACAUCAUUGUAUCUUAAUACAUCUCAACUACACACACAUCUUUAUACAAACAGUUUCACUUCUACACAAAACAUACUAUUUGUCAUUGAUCAAGACAAGAUCUAUCUUAUAACCUAUCAUUCAUAGUUUUUACUCUUGAUUACAAAAUAAAGUCCUGUGAAUUGGCAGAUCAUACAGACUUUAUAAUGACAUCAACAUGCAAAUAUUAGAAUUCAUAUACAUAAAGUAACCGUAUACAAUUCAUGUUUUACCUAAAUUAAGAUUUAAAAAAGUUUUAAAAAUAUUAUUACCUAAAUCAACAAAACUCGCCAACAUUACUAUAUCACUUCAUACAACACAUUCCAGAUACGACAUACUAUGGUAAGUAUAAAAGAAUUCAGUAAAAAAAAAAAUUAGGUAGAGGGCCAGGACGGGUAAGUAUAAAUAUCAUGUUCAUAAUACAUUAUAUAGGAAUUUUGUGCAUUAAUAAACAAUUUCUUGUUAUAAAAGCUUGCAAAAUGGAAACUGACCGGUGCGUGAAAAGAACUAUGAAUAAAUUGACUGAGGAGUGCAGUGCGAUGUAUUUUAGUUUAUUAUUUUGUAACAUCAAAAAAAUGGACUUGUUAAUAAAUAUCGUAAUAUGA